AUGCCGAAGAGUGUCGAAAAGGAACUCAUCAAAAUACAAAGAAAUUUUCUCUGGGUUUGGGGAUCUGAAGCUAGGAAAAUAGCAUGGGUAAGUUGGGAAAAUAUUUGUAAGCCAAAGGAGAUGGGGGGUUUAGGCAUUAGAGAUAUUGGGAACUUUAACACAGCGCUCCUAGCCAAAUGGAAGUGGAGAUUGGGAGUGGAAGAUCAUGGAGUAUGGAAACAGAUCUUGGAUUCAAAGUAUGGUUCAUGGAGGGUUCUAGGACAACUUCAAAGAGGUGGAAAGACAUCCACAAAGUGUGUGGAAAUACUAAGAGUGGGCGUUGGUUUGACAACUGCAUAG